AUGAUAGGAAACUUUGUUGGCAAUAACCAUCUAGGAUGCGCAUAUUUACAUUGCGGACACGGCGAUACCUGCGUGCAUCGAAAAUUUAAUUGCAAAGAGCCUCCGUGUCCCGGUAUGCUCUAUUGCGCGAAAUCUCGAACAGAGUCAUUGAGGGGACCUUCUACGUGCGACAGUGUACACUGUACCCGUGGACAUUUAUGCAUGGUGAAGGUUCAUCAAUGUCAUUGGGACCAAAAAUGCAAGCAACAGAUAGCAAGAUGUGUAUCUCUGCAAGAAUACCACGAGAGUCCUGCGUCUUGUGCCGGCUUCAAGUGUCCUCAAGGCAAUCACUGUAUUCUCAGAGAAUCGUUUUGCGUAAAUCCACCCUGUAAAUUACUGAGGAGCUGCAGUAAGAACAAAGAAGUGCACGUUUGGUUCAAUAAAUGUCGAAGCCUGGGCUGCCCGUCACAGUUCGAGUGCUUCUUACGGAGACCAGAGAAUACCUGCCCGAAUCCACCGUGUAAACAUACUCCGGACUGCGUGAAUACAACAGACGAGGAGGUAUCGAAUGAACUUUGUCGUGGAUGGAUUUGUCCACGAAUGCAUAAAUGUUGCGCAGAAACAGCGACACCUUGCCAAUCAAAUAACUGCAGUAUUAUUCGAACUUGCAUCAUGAUACCACAAAAUAUGUCUACAUCUUUUUCAAAAAGAUUUCUCCGCAAUGAAAAUAUAGACGUUAGAACACCUGAAGACAACAGUGAGGUAACAAGGAACGCGAGUCAGGGAAACAUUAACGAGACAACUAAGUGA